UAUAAAACUUAACUCAAAUUCUGGUAUUUUUUUUUUUAAGUUUCCCUCAAUUGAAUAAAUAAUCUUGAGCUUCUCCCACCUAUACCCGCGCGAACCCCAUAGCUCUACUCGAAGAUUCUGAAGCUCCAACCUGGUCGCCGCCACGCCGCUGCCGAUUCUACCUACGCCAUCUUUUCCCUUUGUCUUGAUUCCAGAGGAAGGAGGAGUUUCUUCUUCCAAAGUGAAAGUGUUGGACUUGGAGUUUCUCCUUACAAACUGCGAGGAUUUUGUGAACAAAAACAGCGGGUUUCUGAAUUUCUGUAAAAGCCAUUCCACGGCGUCAUCAGCUUCACCUUGUAAGAGUUGCCUUUGAUGGAGUUUGUCAGCCCUGAAGGUCUCCGAUUAGAUGGACGCCGUCCGACCGAAAUGAGGCAAAUUCGAGCAGAACUCGGAGCCGUGGCUAAAGCAGACGGUUCUGCCGUUUUUGAAAUGGGGAACACCAAAGUUGUGGCUGCUGUUUAUGGCCCCCGAGAGGUCCAAAAUAGAAGCCAACUACUAAAUGACCAAGCAUUGGUGCGUUGUGAGUAUAGUAUGGCCAAUUUUAGUACUGGAGAUCGCAUGAGAAAACCAAAGGGAGACAGGCGAUCAACAGAGAUAUCUCUAGUAAUUCGUCAAGCCAUGGAAUCUUGUAUAAUGACACAUUUAAUGCCUCGUUCUCAGAUAGAUAUCUUUGUCCAAGUUCUGCAAGCAGAUGGAGGAACUAGAUCUGCAUGCAUCAAUGCUGCUAGUCUGGCCCUUGCAGAUGCUGGGAUCCCAAUGCGUGAAAUUGUUACUUCUUGUAGUGCAGGCUACCUUAAUAGUACUCCUUUGCUUGAUUUGAAUUAUGUAGAAGAUAGUGCUGGAGGACCUGAUGUCACAGUUGGGAUUCUUCCAAAGUUGGACAAAGUGACUCUUCUUCAGAUGGAUUCUAAGUUGCCAUUGGAUAUUUUCGAAACUGUAAUGCAAUUAGCAACGGAAGGUUGCAAGGCAAUAGCAAAAGAACUAAGAGAAAUACUGCUGGAUAAUACGAAGCAAUUAGAAUUUCGACGUGGAGGAUAAAUCGUAAUGAAUGGGUUAAAGGCGAUCACUCUACCAUGGGGCCUUCCAAAUCAGGAGAGACUCAGUUGCAUUCUUCCAUACACAUCUUUGAAGAAAUCAUUUUGGAUUCUAGAUAUUUUUCAUUUAGAUGAAUUUUAGGAAUAUUUCUGAUGUAAUCAACAAACCAUACUGGAUGCCAUCUUUUAGCAUAGGCACCAGGCACUACUAAAGUUGGAGCCGAUUGAGGAUAAUUGUGUUGUGUUUGAACAAAAUAUUUUUCAGUAAAAUUCGAAUUUAUUUUAUUGAAGCA